AUGGGAGAUCAGAAAGCAACGACAUUAGCAAAGGCGAAGAAAGAGCUCGAGGAAUUGUACUUGGGAGUCCCCGACGACUCGGUCAACCUAACUUUCCAAGAUUUAGCUCAAGUCAUCGAAAAGAAGAAGACCGCCUUAUCGCCAUCAUCGUCCAACACAACCACGGAAUUCAAACCGAAUAAUAAUAACAUAACGUCAUCAUCAUCCUUAGCCAAACUUCCGAGCAUAGACUUCAACAAGAGCAUACAAGCCGCUGCAUCUUCCACCUUCCAGAACCACCACCGAUCGGAGGAAGGUGGUGGCGGCGGCGGCGAACACUUGUGGGGCCCACAUGACGGCGGUCAUCAUUAUCAACAUCAACAUCAACAUCAACAUCAACAACAACAACAACAUCAUGGUCAUCAUGGAGGUGGGAGCAACUUGCAUUCUAUUGGUGGUGGGGUCCACAUGCAUGCGUAUGGUGAUGACGACGACACGAGCCAUGUCAGCGGAAUGACGAGCGUGGCUUACGGUGGAGGUGGCCUAGAGAGAGGAGGGAGGCGGCGCCCCGGUGUUCCCCACUCCAAUAUAUGCACCGUUUGCUCCAACUACAUAUACAUCUGCCGCCACCGUUGCCUCGUGUGUGGACGAGUUUAUUGCAGGCAGUGCGUGAGCAUCGGAAUGGGAGAGAUGACAGAAGGUCGAAAGUGUAUCGAAUGUUUGGGCAGAAGAUUCAGCCAGAGGUACAUACACAAGGCGGGGAAUGUGGGAUGUUGCAUGGGAUAUCGUUCUGGCAUGAAGCAACAAGAGCUCAAGUGGGCGGAGAAAGGGCCGAGGAGGAGCGGUACGUAUACUGAUCAAAAUAGAUACCGUUGCGGCGGCAAUAGCACGGCAAUGAUGACGUCAUCGAUAUCGAGAAGCCCCGUGGGACCCGCAACGCCGCGGACCCCACGUUCUCCAAGGAAUAUUAGUAACAGUACACCAAAUUCAUUUGUCAUGAGCUCGCCUUACUCACCUUAUUCACCCAGCAUUAAUCACCAUCCCAUGCCUUUCUAG